AUGAUUCAGUAUGCGUUCCAAGAAACCACCCUAGACCCCGACACCGCUAAUAGCGACAGCGACAGCGACGAUUCAACCCUUAGCACGAAUGAUGGCGAAGACGAUAGCCACAGUCACGACGAGUACGACCAUCCAUUUAGUCUAGAGCCUAA